AGAUAAAAACGAAAUUAGCAGACCUUUGAUGUCCUUAAAUUGAAUCUCAACCCCGCCAAGGGCUGUGCUCCCCUCUCCACAUUUUGUUUUGCCAAAAACAAACAUGAACAUGCUCACCCUCACUGUCUACAUGAUUUCUUUCCAUAAUCUCCUCCUCUUGGGUACUGCAAUCCAAAAUCCGCUGGCUUUCACUCCCACCGAUUUAAUACUCCUCAACUGCGGCACACCAUCUAAUACCACAUCAUUGGAUGGUCGGAAUUGGAAAGGGGAUGCCCAUUCCAAAUUUCUUGCUUCUUCCAACUCUCCAACACUAUCAGCGUCUGAAACAUCUCCACUAGACCCUCUUGUCACCCUUAUUAUACCCUACACAACAGCUCGGAUUUUUCACUCCAGAUUCACAUAUACUUUCCCAGUCUCACCUGGACCAAAGUUUAUUCGUCUCUAUUUCUAUCCAGCUGUAUACUCAGGCCUCAACCCAUUGACUUCCUUUUUCACUGUCAACGCUAAUAGUUACACCCUUCUAAGCAACUUCAGUGCCUAUCUAACUGUUUCUGCUAUGAAUCCGGCAGUUUCUUACUUCUUCAGGGAAUUCAUCGUCACUGUGUGGGACAACCAAGUACUCAACAUAAUCUUUACUCCAGCUCCAAAGUCUUUUGCUUUCAUUAACGGAAUAGAAGUAGUUUCCAUGCCAAACAAUCUGUACACAACAGAUAUAGACAACCGUUAUCCCCUGGUCAACUACAACACUUUCUUCUAUUUCCAUAACACUACCUCUCUUGAAACUGUUUAUCGGGUAAACGUUGGAGGUAGAUUUGUUGCCAAUGUAAACGAUACAGGAAUGUUUCGAACAUGGCUUGAUGAUUCGAAUUAUAUCUUUGGUGGAGCAACUGGUGUUGUGCACAAGUGGCGUGAUGAUGUGACGAUAAAAUAUACGAACCACACCCCUGCAUACACUGCACCAGCUGAGGUUUACAUUACUCAACGCACAAUGGGUAGAGUACCUUAUGUAAACCUAAAUUACAACCUCACUUGGUUUUUCCCUGUUGAUUCCGGGUUCAAUUACCUUGUCAGGCUCCACUUUUGUGAGAAUGAAGUAGACAUCACCGGUGAAAAUCAACGAGUAUUUUCCAUAUUCAUCAAUCAUAUGACAGCCGAGACAGAAGCGGAUGUAAUGGUAUGGAGCGGCGGUAGUGACAUUCCGGUAUACAGGGACUAUGUUGUUUGGGUACCAGAAGGAAGACAGAGCAAGCAGGACUUGUGGCUCGCUCUACACCCCAGUUUGAAUAGUAAACCACGAUAUGCCGAUGCAAUCUUGAGUGGUUUGGAGAUACUCAAGUUGAACAAAUUAGAUGGUAGUCUAGCAGGGUCCAAUCCUGAACUAAUUGUGGUCCCUUCAUCACCAGAUCAACAGCAAUCAAGCUUACGGAAGAGGGCGAAGAGCAAAUGGUCAUCUAUAGUAGCAGCCAUUAUUGGGGCAGUGAUAGGUGCUUUAUCGACCCUCUCUCUUAGUCUAUAUUUGCUUAAUUCCAAAUGGAAAAGGCAAGAAAAGGGCCCAAGCAGUUCAGGCGAGAGGAAGCUUCCAAUCCCGCAAGCAUCACCACUACCGACUGAUAUUUGUCGCCGGUUUACGAUAUUUGAGAUCAAAGAAGCGACAAAAGAUUUUGACUAUCAAAAUCUUAUCGGCUCUGGAGGAUUUGGUAAAGUUUAUAAAGGAUUCAUUGUAAAUGGGUCCAUAACAGUUGCGAUCAAACGUCUAGAUUAUUCAUCAAAUCAAGGGACCCGAGAAUUCAAGACUGAGAUUGAGAUGUUGUCUCAGCUCUGCCAUGUUAAUCUGGUCUCUCUGAUUGGAUAUUGCAUUGAUGAAGGAGAAAUGAUGCUUGUAUAUGAUUAUAUGAUCAACGGAACUCUUCGGGAGCAUCUCUAUGAAACUAAGGAUGACCCACUUCCAUGGAAGCAAAGACUUGAGAUAUGCAUUGGAGCAGCACGCGGAUUACACUAUCUUCAUACUGGUCUUCCACAUACAAUCAUCCACCGGGAUGUGAAGACGAGCAAUAUCUUGCUAGACGAAAAUUGGAUUGCAAGAGUUUCUGAUUUUGGAUUGUCCAGAAUAGGAUUGAGUGACAAUGCAGUUAGUACUGCAGUAAAAGGGACCUGGGGAUAUUUGGAUCCGGAAUAUGCACGAUUUCAGCAAUUGACAGCAAAAUCUGAUGUUUACUCGUUUGGUGUGGUUCUAUUUGAAGUAUUAUGUGGUCGAAAACCACUCGAUCACAAGUUAGAGCAUAAGGAGAAGAAUUUAGCCAAUUGGGCACAAGAAUGCAUUCAAAAUGGCACCAUUUACCUCAUUAUUGAUCCAUAUCUGAAGGCCAAGAUUGCUCCAGAGUGUUUCAGAAAAUUCGUGGAAAUUGCAGAAAGUUGUGUGCGUAAUCAAGGAAGUGAAAGGCCCACCAUGCAGGAUGUGAUGGGAGAGCUUGAGUUUGCAUUGGAGCUACAAGAGACUGCUGAUGCUGACAAGGAAAGAAUCAAUCCUGGGGGUGAAUAUGUGUAUCCUGAAGUAUCAUUCAAUGCUCCUAGUCCUAGAUGUACCAAUCCUGGUGGAUGCGAGUUUGAACAAGUUAGUACAAGUGGUUACACUUCAUGGGAUACAAACAACGCUACACCGUGUUCCAGCCAGUAGCCACCAAGGAUUGGAAGAAGAACAAGAACAAUUGGCCUGUGCAUUGUUGAUUAGAUCAACUCUAAUGGUCAAAGUGUUUACCUUCGAAUAAAGUGGUCAGGGAUUUACCAGGUAAAUAUCACCGCAUUUGAAUUUAAGGGCAUGUAAGUUGUAACAAUACCUUAAUUUUCAAUGAAUGGUUUCUCCUUUUCUCUCGCUCA